AUGCGUGGUAAAAUUGUCCUGGUUUUUCUAGUCAUAGCUGUAGCCGCAGUUACAGCCCAGUUAGGCGGACAUGGACUUGAACUAGAAGGACUAGGAGGAGGUGGCGGUGGACAUGGGCACCAUCAUGUUGAAGAAUACAUCGACUAUAGAGCUCCACCCCACUACCACUGGGACUACGCAGUCCACGACUUGCACCAUCAUGACAUCAAGAACCAAUGGGAAGUCAGGAAGGGCAAGGAAGUAAAAGGAAAAUACGAACUCCUCCAACCCGACGGCAGGAAAAGAAUCGUCGAGUACGUAGCCGGAAAGCACGGAGUCGACUACAAGGUCAGAUACGAAGGUCACGGAAUCCACGGUGGAGGUAUUGGAGGACUUAGCAGCGGCGGCGGAAAUUAGAUUCAGUAUUAUUUCGUCUGUACAUUGAUGUCGAUUGUCACUGACUGCGCUACCUAUGUUGUAUUUGUUAUUUAAUUUUAUUUCGCAAUAAAACAAGUC